AUGGGGCAACUUACUCUUACAUGUGGUAAAUGGAUAUAUCAAGAAACUAGAUGGCUAUUUGGUGUUGACAAGAAAAAAGAGAGCAAAGUUAUAGAAGUAAACGAUAGGAUUUGCUAUGAAGAUUUUGUUCAGAUGGUGAUCAGAGAGUACAAAGUCGAUACACAAAAUUACAAGGUGGAAUUGAGCUACAUGUAUCCCAAAAAGGUUUUGUUGACAUUACCACAAAACACACCGCCUAUAGAUAUCGGAAAUCAAAGACAAUUUUCUGGAUUUUUGGAGCAACUAAAGACCGAACCGAUGAGAAUUUGUCUUGAACUUAAGGAAAUAGAUUUGGAGGAAGAAGAUGAUGAUGUAGCUGCCGAAGAAGUCGCUGUAAGUGAUGAGGAAGAUGAUAUAUUUGAUUAUUGUGAUGAUUCAGAUGGAGCAUCUUCGGGGGAUGAAGACUUCACAUCGUACGGGAUACAAGUUGAAGAAGACAAAAAUAAAAAAUCACCAAGUACGAAGAGUGAAUCCACGUACGCGAGCGCUCAUGCAAAAAGCAUUACUCAACAUGCUAAGUUAGAGUUAGAUUCGCUGAAUCUAGCUGUUGGACAACGAUAUGACACAAAAGAUGCAUUGGAGACUAGGUUGAAGAUAUGGUCAGUCCUUCAGCAAUUUGACUUUAAAGUGGAUGUAUCGAGGCAAGAUAUAUUAGUGAUCAAGUGUUGGGUUGAAAGCUGUACAUGGAGAGUAAGAGCCACCACAAUUGGAGAAUCUACUCAGUUUACUAUUCGGGUGUACAAUCCAGAACACUCAUGUUCUGUUACAGAGCGUUCUGCUCGUGCCCGACAAGCAACUCCAGAAAUUCUUACAUUAUUGUAUGUGGACUAUGUCGGAGGUGUUGAUUCAAAAGUUCUCCCAAAACAUGUCGGGGACGCCUUAAACAUGAGAUUUGGUGUCAAGAUGGAUUAUUGGAAAUCCCAUAGGACACUUCUAUGUGCAAGAAAUAUGGUUAGAGGUUCCCCGGAGAGUGGAUAUUCAGAUUUGCCCACAUAUCUAUAUCAUAUAAGAAGAGCGAAUCCUGGAACUUACACGCGUUUGGAAGUCGAUGAGCUCCACAGAUUUAAGUAUUUGUUCCUUGCAUUUGGUGCUAGUAUCAAUGGAUUACCCUACAUGAGAAAGGUAAUUAUCGUGGAUGUCGUUGACACCGAAAAUGAUAACUCUUGGGAAUGGUUCUUCCGACAGCUUAGCAAUGUGAUUCCAGAUGAUGAAGAACUUGCACUUAUAUCUGAUAGGCAUAAAGCUAUUGGUAAAGCUAUUGGAAAGGUGUUUCCAAAAUCUAGUCGUGGAAUCUGCACAUACCAUCUUUACAAAAACAUAUUGUUACGUUUCAGAGGUGGUGAUGCAUUUCGGUUGGUUAAAAAAGCUGCAAAUGCUUUUAGGAUUUCGGAUUUCAAUACUAUAUAUCAUGAGAUCGAGUUGUUGAAUCCAGCACUACAUAAGUAUUUGGAAGGUGCUGAUAUAAAAAAGUGGGCUCGUGUGCAUUUUCCUGGUGAUAGAUACAACUUGACAACAACAAACAUUGCAGAGUCAAUCAACAAAGUGAUAUCAAGCUCCAGAAGUUUGCCAAUUGUAAAACUUUUGGAUGCAAUCCGGUUAAUGAUGACGAGGUGGUUUGCAGAUAGAAGGACUGAUGCAGGAAAAAUGAAAACAACCUUGACUCGUGGGGUAGAGAAAAUGUUGGAGAAACGUGUACCACACGCGAAGACGCUAACGGUACAAACAAUCGAUCUUCAUCAUUCACAAGUGACAAGUGGAUCAUCUCUCCAUGUAGUUAAUUUGACACGGAGACAAUGUACUUGUCGUCGCUUUGAUAUCGAGAAGUUACCAUGUGUUCAUGCAAUUGCUGCAGCGGAGUCUCGUAAAACAUCUCGCAUCUCUCUCUGUCAUCCCUAUUAUCAUAGGUCAUAUUUAUGUAAUGCAUACUCCACUUCUAUAAUGCCUCGAGAUGCUGUUUCACCAGUUUCAGAAGAUGUCACCAUGAAGAUAUGUUUGCCCCCGGUAGCAAGUACGCAGCCGGGAAGACCUAAAAAGUCGAGAAUCAAAUCUGCAUUGGAGAAAGCUAUUGGGAAAAAAAGGCCAAGAAAAGAACAUGUAUGUUCACGUUGUCAUCAAUAUGGUCAUAAUUGUAAGACGUGUAAGGUUAAAGUAGCUAGUGAUUAG